AUGCCUCGCCGAAAGUUCAUCGACAAGAAGACAGCGACCAACUUCCGCCUCGUCCACCGCGCCCAAAAUGACCCCCGAAUUCACGAUGAAGAUGCCCCUCAGAUGGUCUUCGCCGAGACCAGUGCACCAAACCAGCGCGAGGACUCUGAGGCGGCGGGCAGUUCACGUGCUUCACAGUACUCGGCCGCCACAGGAAGGAGCAAGAUCAAGUCGCGGCGAGAGUUAGAAAGCGAAUAUGGAGCACAAGUGCGAAAGAACGAGGGGGAAGCCGCCAACUAUGGCGUCUACUAUGACGACACCGAGUACGAUUACAUGCAGCAUAUGCGGGACUUGGGUACGGGCGGGGGAGAGGCCUACUUUGUCGAAGCGCCGAGCGAGAAGAAGAAGGGCAAAAACAAAGUGGACCUCGCAGAUAUGCUGCGGGAUACAUCGCUGCAAGACAGGCAGAGUAACGCAGAUCUCAGUGUCAGCAGCAAUAUCAGCAGUGUCAGCGACUUGUUUGGAGAAGACAUGGCCCCAUCAGAGUUCGUACGAAAGACUACAUACCAGGACCAACAGAACGUGCCAGACGCCAUCGCGGGCUUCCAACCAGACAUGGAUCCCCGUCUACGCGAAGUCCUUGAGGCGUUGGAGGACGAAGCCUACGUCGACGAUGAAGACGACAUCUUCGCUGAACUCGCAGCAGACGGCUACGAGGUCGAUCAACGUGAGUGGGGAUAUGAUGGAUUCGAGGGAGAGGACCAGCGAGACACAAUGGAUCGCUUCCUCGACGAUGAUGACGCCGGCUGGGAAUCAGACGACACUGUCAAAGCUUCCUCACCCAAUCCCAAGAAGCCCACACCCGCACAGCCAACAGAUCCUUCAUUCCUGCCCGCCCCUGAUGAGGCCCCAGCGCCCGCUCAGGCAGGAGAUCUCGCAUACCUCGACGAAUUCAAGAAGUUUAAGAACGAUGUCAAAGCAGCCAAGGCACCUCGCCCAACUGCACCCUCAGACAUGCAGUCCUCGAUCAUGACCGGUGCAUCUGCCCUAACAGCAGGCGGCCGGAAGAAGAAGCGCAAGGGUGCCAUGACCUCGACCUCUGGCUACUCCAUGUCAUCUUCUGCACUGCAUCGUACAGAGGGUCUCACACUACUUGACCAACGCUUCGAUAAGAUUGAAGAAGAGUAUGCUGAUAAUGGCGACUUUGACUUCCCAGAUGAUAGCUCCAUGAUCUCAGGUAUGAGUAAAAUGUCCGGCCUCAGCAAGAUGUCUGGCAUGACGGGUAUGAGCCAAUGGAGUAGCAGCGAGGCACCACCAUUACGAAGCGACUUUGAUAGCAUCAUGGACGAUUUUCUAGGCAACCACCAUGUCCAGGGUAAGAGAAGGGUGAAGAAGGGGAAGCAGCUGAGCCCAAUGGAGCAAUUGGAUGAGGUGAGGAACGGGCUGGGACCUGCGAGGGUUAGUGCACGGACAAAGGCGCAGCAAGCUGCUUAG